AUGAUGGGAAUGUUGCGGCUUACAACAACUGCCAUGGAUGCAGUCUUCGGCCCGUGGUCCUCCCAGCGUUGGUUCGAGACAAUCAUUGAGGGCACUUCAGAAGCGCUGGUGUUCCUGAGAGGGCCGGAGGCGGAACAGGGCCUGAAGAGGAUUCUCAGAUCGCUGUUGCCUCGAAUUGCUGUUGAGAGAGGUUGGAACGAGUUUGACGACCACGAGGAGUUAGCCCUGCAAGCUUUGGCAGAAUCGCGAUUCGUCAGAGUCAAAGGCGAGCGAUCCCAGAUCACUAGAUGGUUCGCGUGGCAUCGGCAUUUCGAGAGUUGGAUCGGUGAAGCAAGCGGGCAUGAAGACUUCCCGAAUCAAUACCAAGGGGAAUGGACGUUAAGGCUAAUUCCUUUGUUGUUGAUCGGGUUGUCUAUGGGGUUUGUGCGCACAGAUGACUCGGGGGACCGCCAGAUUGUGAAGGACCUGUCCACAAGGGCAGCAACUGCUGCAGGAGAAGCAGCAAGUGCAGCAGCAGCAGAUACAGCGGCAGCCGAUGCAUCGGGGGCAGCCUCGUCGUCCACUUCCCGCGACAAGACAGCUGAGCAGAAGAUGCGUGACAGUUGCAAGAAUGUCCUGCACAUUGCAACAUGCAUCCAUGGAGAUCGGUACUUGUAUAGUGAGGCCUUGAUGUUCUUGUAUGCCUGCCGGCCUCUACGAGACUGGUACAGUCACCAUCGGCACAACUUGCGCUCGCAGAAAGCAUGUUUGCAGUUUUACAAGGAUAUGGCAGCAGGACGUUGCUUGGAACAUGUCGGGAAAAUUGGCUGUCUUUCACAGCUGGAGCUUGGGAAGAUUGGCAUCCACACCGAGGAAAUCCUGAGCAGCAAGUCUUUGCAGAACUUGGACAUCUAUGAUUUGGAAGUUCGUGUGCAAGACAAUCUUGCAGAAAGGCUGGGCAGCCUUGUCUUGUCACUUCAGAAGUUCCGCCUCCAUGGUUUGGUGAUGUACACUCAUGCCUUUCCUUACUGUAUCGUGGGCUUGCUCGACGAGGAUCCAGCUGUCCACCGACUUGUCCGACAGUCGUUGGUCCAGUGGUUGGUUCAACUGCGGGAAAAAUGGAAAAGGGUGUUGGGAAGCCCACUUCCAUUUUGGAAGAAGCUGGCUUCGAGCUGCUGCUUGGGAUGGAGACUUUCAGAGGACUUGCUGAAGGAAGACUUCGAGGGAGAAGGAAUCCGCCGAGUGAUCGGCGAGCUCUUUGCUCACUGGGGUUCCAGCGGUCUUGUGGAAGACGCGUUUCAGCGUGAUCGGACUCUUGAGUCCAAAUCAGCUGGGAUGAAAGUGGCUCCUUCGCGCUUGUGGCAGCACCUUCCGGAGAAGAAAAUCCUCAGCGAGCUUUACAAAUUUCAAGAGGUGCAGGUGAACGAAAUCCCUGAAGAAUUGCCUGGGAAAAAACUUCCUGAAGGGAUCUACCAGCCUUCGGCCAAAACGUCACUUGCUUUUGAUGAUUUGGUGGGUACCAACCAAUCACCAACAUGGCCAACACACAGCUCGCCUUUUGCUUCAUUGGCCGAAGAGAUUGCACUUGUAGACAAGUUUGGUGGCAGCCAGAAAGAUUUGGAGCAGGGCCCCUUGCUUUGGCGGACCAUCUUCUUGCAGCAGUUCUUCGUGGUAAGAAAGAAGGUGAAGCCGCGAGGUCAGAUCAGCCAGUGGAGCAUGGUCUAUGGGAGCGCGAAAAACUACACUGCGCUCUUGCUCCCAUUAAGCUCACAGCAGCUUCCUGGCUCUGGCGGUGGUCGCAUAAAACUGGUCUUCAAAGAGUUCACCGCCAGCAACAUCCACUGGGCAAGUGUCGCAGAUCUGGCGGAGUGGGAAGCACUGCCAGUGGAGUGGAAGUCGCCGCUUCAUCUUUGGAGACUCACCAAGCAAGUCGUCGGAGAAAUUUCUCUACUGUCGGUUGGUAAACCGACAUCACUUCUGGAGCACUGCGCUCACCUCGGCUUCCUGAAGAUCCCGGUAGCAUCUGUGAAGAAGAUGAUGAAGGACAGAAUUUGCAGGUUUGUGUUUUUGAGGGUUUGUCUUUAUUUACAUUCAACACUGUCUGAGGUUUUAGUUUAUUAG